UGGGCACAAUCGCACUCGCGCAGCGGCACUCGAAGGGACGGGCUUGCACGACAACGUGUGCUGCUGAUUUUGACCUGUGCUGUGUAUCCCAAAUGACCUCAAAGGAAUCAGUUACACCCUGAAUAUCUUAGCUGCGCCAAAGCGCUGGGCGAGCGAAUGUCACGCCGUGGGUUGACUUCUGAACGCUGAGACUUACAGGCGCCUGACAGCCACUACCAUAACUCAUACAGCUUCAUUUACUAAGAUUGCUUUGACGUCCGGCUUGAGCCACUCAGGAACCUUUUCACUAGUGGUCGAACAGUUGCUCCUGUAACACGGCCCUACUAAUUCAGUACCUCUACAUCUAAUUCAAUUGAAAGGCACGGACGAACCGAGUAAGGCCGGGAGUUGGCGGAAACACGGUUCCUCGCCGUUGCAAGGCGGAGGCAGAAGUUCAGCGCGGCUUAGGCCUGGUCAGCGACAUACAAGCAACCUGGGCAACCAGACAUCGCGCUCAGCGGGUUCGUAAUAGUCAGCCAGGACGCGGCUGUAGACAUUGUUGUUACACGUCUGAACGCGGCCCGGGCGCAGCGCAGUCAUUUAUUGAGCAAGGGAAUCACAAUCGCUGUGGGGCUAACCGGUCCAGGUCUGCCCCUACCCACUCGGCAGCACCCUGGCUGAAUGGGUCAACCCGGCUGGCCGAUGACGCGCGUCUGUAGCCACGACGCGCAUUUAGACCGCAAUGCGGGGUUAGUACCCCGUCAUCGGCGGUCACAGCGUCAGUGAGCGGGCAGCGUAGCCGUAGGAGCUCCUACAUGGCCAGUGGUCAAAAUGCCACAGCCCCCGCGCCGCCGCCACGGCCUCCGCCCCCGCCGCUGCUUGUCGUGCGGAGGCCGCCCCCUCCAUCACCACCGCCCCCAUCACCGCCUCAACCGCCGCCACCAGUGGCUCCGGACAAUGCUGCGACUAACCGCAUCAUCAUUAUUGGCGCCACAGCAAUUGCUAUUGGCGGGACACUCAUUAUCUGCUGCUUGGGGGUGCUCCUCAUCUAUCUGCUGAGGAGCCAGGACAGGAAGAGGAAGGAGAAACGCCAGAAAGCGCGGCGGGCCAGCUACCUAGUGGAUGUGGAGGCAGGGCCACCCGGAGGUGGCGACAAGGGUGGGCCGGGUGGACCCGGCGGGGCCGGCGGGGGGCGCGGGGGCGCACACGACAAGCUGCGAUCUCCCAUGCCCAGCGGUGUGGACGACAUUGCCAGCCGGCCCACCAGCAUAGACGGGCCCAGGCCUGGCGGCAUAUCGCCGGCGCACUCGAUGCGCCAGCGCGACAUCGCGCCUGAGACCGCAGAAGCCAUCCGCGCCGCCAUGCUCGCCGUGUUCGACGGCGGCGGCGGCGGAGUGGACGCCGACGGCAUGGGGCGGCGCCAUGCCAGCGCCACGGACGUGGGGGACGGGCUGCAGCGCUCUGACAGCUGGGUACAGCCGUUGGCGCCGCGCACGGCGUCGCAUGUCGACGCGGCGGGUCCACGCGGCGGCGCUGCCGCGGCAGCAGCGGCGAUGCGCUUCAGCGGCGCGGGCACGGCCGCCGCGGCCUCGGGCAACAGCUCACGCUGGCGCAUGAGCCGCUUCGGCCGCAACGCCGGGGCGGGCGGGGCCACGGCCUCGGGGCUGGCCGGCCACGACAGCCCCAUGGCUCGCAGCCGCAGCAAGACGGCGUCGGGGCUGAUCACCUCGGACCCGCCGGCGGAGGCCGUGCUGAAGCAGUCGGUGUCCGUGCCGCCAGGCUCUGCGCUGCUCCGAGCCAGCCUUGCGGAGCACGCCACCGGCUCCGGCGCCGGCUCGGGGCCCAACACGCCGCCGUGGGCGCGCGGCCGCCGGCGUGUGGAGGUGAUCACGGGCCACGACGACGACGACCUCAUGGUAUUGGAGCCCGAAGAGGCGGGCGAUGAGGAGGACGUGGACACGUUGGGGCUGGGGCCGUUCACGCAAGACGGCGAGGUGGUCAGCUUCAGCAAAGGCAGCGGCGGCGGGCCAUCCUCGGCAGGCGCGCUGCCACUGCCGCUGGCGGGCAGCAGUGACGGUGGCAAGGGCGCAGAGGCGGUGACAGGAGCGGAGGGCAAGGGUGGUAAGGAAGGAAAGGAAGACGAGCAGGGCAAGGAAAAGAAGAAAAAGAAGGGUUUCCUGGGCUUCAGGAGUAAGAAGAAGAAGGCGGAGCCAAACAUGGCCAGCAACCCGACGUACAAGCCCGCGUACAUGAUGCCCACCGCGGCAAUGGCUGCUAAGUCGGGUUUGGACCUGGCCAAAGAGGCGGACAAAUACGAGAAGCGCCCCAGCCGCUUCGGCGCCGCCACACCGCCACCCGGCUCGCCAGCCGUGGGCGGCCGCGUCACCGCCCCGGGCAUAGCGCCCGCCGCAGGCAGCCCCGACCGCAGCCGCACCGACUCGCCGGCACGCAAGGCCGCCGCCACGCACGGCGGCUACGCGCACGUGAGCACCUUUGGCCCCGGCGGGCCGUCCUACACAGGCGCGGCGGCGGCGCAGGGCGCCAAGCUGCGGCGGCUGCACGGCUCCGCCGACGCCUUAGUGGCCCCCGGCCCGCGCCGCAGCACAUUGGCUGGGCUCAUGGCCAGCGCCGGCAGCGGCACGGAGAGCGGCGGCCGCCGCGUGACUUCACCCGGCUCCGCCGCCGGCAGCCGCCACAACCUAGGGGAGCACAUCGGCCCCAUGGGCGCCGCGCCCUCCGUGGCUGACCUGAAGGCGCUGGAGAAGACGCUGCCGGGCUCGCCGCGCCGCGCCAGCCUGGUGAUUCCGGACAGCGCGUUUGCGGCCAUGGCGGCGGGGCACGGCCUCAAGGACGGAGAUGACCCGCUGGGCAUUUAGGCGGCGGCGGGGGAUCAGUUGAGGCGGACUGCGGCGCGGCAGCCACAGCGUCGCCGCUUGGCGCUUCGGAAGCUCGUCACGGGCACGCCGCGUCGCCCUUUGGUGCUUUUGAAGCGGUGUUGCCGUGGAGGCCUGUAAGAGGUGCGGGGCUGGUGCGGCAGACCGGCGAUUGGGGUGCAGGUUUGGGGGUGUCAGGGAUCAAGUAGGUGGCGAGGCCAGGUGGCGAGGUGAGGCGGGCAGGUACCGUAAAUUUGAGUGCCCGCCGUGUUGCCGUUUCUCCUGCGUGACCCGAAGGUGGUACUAUAUGGGUGGCUUACAGGUCGGUGGCUGUGUGCAUGGAUGGUGCGUCAUCAUCCCUUGCACGAAUGGAGUAGGUUGGAGCGACUUUGAUGAGCUGAACGUUCGGGCAUUGGUGGCCGAGGCGCGUGCGGACGGGAGGUGCAAUGGUGUGCAAGGGCGGCACGCAUGCACAGCGGGCUUGCCUUCUGAUCUUCAUGAACGAGCAACCAAUGAAUGCACAGCUCCUAGCGGGGCCACUAUGUAGCGCGCAUUUUCACCAUGGGAAUGUAGGCUGCGUGCCUUACCUGGGUUGGCUGUCCCGCAGAACAUUCGGGCGCCCCAUCAACGGGCCAGGUUGCCGGAACACUUGCAUACAUCAAAGUGGUUCGUUCCAAUUUUCUUUUGCAUUUGUCACUCCCUCUUACACACGCAUGCACAGCUCUUCCAUACCAGUCAUUGCAUCGCUGUGCGUGUGGGGUGUGCGUGUGUGUUGCGUGUGUGGCGAGCCUCGGCAUCUUGGACAACAGACGGUGUGCCGCCAAGGGCACAACGUCUCGGGGGCUGACCUACAUGCGCAUACAUUCGGGUAUGAUGAGAUGCAUUUAUUUAUGUUGACUAGGUGGGAGCGACCAGGAGCAAUCGGCGCCUGCUGCCCCCCUGCGCACAGCGGCUUGCACAGCGUGUUGUUGUCGGGCCAAAUGCUGUUAAGAUUGGGUAGCCGCCUGCUUAACAGACAGAGAUUCGCCAGGUGCCAGCUGUGCGAGUCUCUGCACCAAGUGCUGCACAAGCGCCUGGGAGACUGGAGAUUGGGUGCGCCCCCACAGAUGCAAGGGCGGGCUCAAAGCCCCUGCUCAAAGCCCUUGAGCGUGCGGCUAGUGAUCGCGUAUGUUGGCGCCCUUCCGCGUCGCCUAGGUCUGAUUUAUAUAGGAGGGAUGGGAUGAGGCAAGGGAAUGACGGAGGCCCGUGCUGGAUGGAGGGCGGACCGGGGCUUUGCGCGCUACCAGGUUCAUAGGAGUCCCGCCUGGUCGCAAGGGCACCGCCAGUGCCACUGGCCGUGACUUCAAGGUGGCUGAGAACUGGACGCGGGACUGUUGAAAGCAGCCCUGAGCGCAACGGCGGAUGGACGGAUGGUACUCUGGUGGACUGCACCCUACUGGGCUCGGGGCGCGGGCGGAAGAAACGCGUGCUCCAGUAGCAUUGAUCUCGUGAUGGGGUAUUUUCAGCGAAGUGUUUGCUAGUGAAUGCGAAUGCAAGACGCCGUUUUGGGGUGUGUGCAUUAUGAACGCGUUGCCAAACCUGGUGCAUGCGGAAGAGUGAGCGUGCACUGAAUGCGAGCGCGAUGGGACAGGGUAAGGACUAAAUGGGGACCACACUGCGCUUGGCGGCCGGAACGGCCGAAACCUCCAACUUCCAGAUCCGAGCAUGGGGUGUGUGCACGUUGCGAGUACCUCGCAGUAACCCAAUGAUUAUCUGAGCAGCAAGCACCAGCUGGGCUGGUUGCAACUGUAACAUACAUUAUUA